CUUGGAACCACAUUGGCUGCUGGUUUUGGGAUGACUUCUUGUGCUGCAUUCGGCAUGGUCGCACUUGCAGGAAAGGUGAAAAGCAUCUGGGGGAUUGUGUUUGGAAUUGCUGUCCCAGUUUGUGUGUUUAUGCUAGCUUGGGCGUAUUUUAUAUUUGCCAGACGACGGUUUGAUCAAGGGGAAAGAGAUAACGACAAGGAAAACGCAGAGGAGAAUCUAGGGCUACAAGAAGCCAUCCGCAGUGUCGAGACCUAUAAUCUCUUCAUAUGAUCUACAUAGUCCAUACCUGCGACCCCGAAUC